CUUCAAUACAACUCAGUUCUGAAAACUAGCCGUUACAUAACCUCAUCAGAUCUCACUCUGUCUCUCAACUCCGAAACACCAUGGCUACCACCUUCGACGACACACUUUCUCCUCUUCCUCACAUCAAACAGGAUGAUGAAGAAACAAACGCUGUUAAUUCAUCCUCUCCUCAGUUUAGUCCAUCUUCUGAUAAACGAUUCUGGAGCACACUCCGUUGUAGAAUUGAUUCUCUUCUCGAUAAUCGUCAACCAAAAAUUUCAGAUUCACAUCAUCCAUCUACCUCUACAGAACAAACCCAUUUGAAUGAACGAGGAAAUCGUUUGAAGGAAGAUUCGUUGUUACUCAUCAGAGGCUUUGAUUCUGUUUCUCAUACACUCUCUCUUUUGUCUAAUAAUCUGGACAAUGCCUUACAGGGUGCUAGAGAAUUGGGGAAUCCACCCACAUUAACUGAUAUAUUCAAAAGCACAAUUGUUGAGUCAGAAAAGAAAGAACAAGAAGAUUCAGGAGAGUCAAAACAAGGAGUGAAAAGGAAAAUUGAUGAAUCCUAUGAAGAUAAUGUCAUAGAGUCACAAACUGAAAAUGGAGGAAAAAUGCAUGAUAAGCAUAUCAAGAAAGCAAGAAAUCUUGCAGUAUCAAUGGCAAGCAAAACAGCUUCACUUGCAAGAGAGUUGAAGUCUCUUAAAUCAGAUUUAUGUUUUAUGCAAGAAAGAUGUGGUCUGCUUGAAGAAGAGAAUAGAAGACUGCGCGAUGGAUUUGCUAAAGGAGUUAGGCCUGAGGAAGAUGAUCUGGUGAGGCUUCAGCUGGAAGCACUUCUUGGUGAGAAGGCAAGACUAGCCAAUGAGAAUGCAAAUCUGAUGAGAGAAAACCAAUGCCUUCACCAGCUGGUGGAGUACCAUCAACAUACUUCAGAAGAUCUCUCCGAGUCAUACGAGAAUGUCAUCCAAGGAAUGUGUUUGGACUUCUCAUCACCGCCACGAACAAUUUAUGAAGAGACAAGAGAUGAUGAUGGUGAUGAUGACGACACAAAUAGAGAACUAUGAACACCAAUGAACUGUUAUCUUUAGUAAAUCAUUUGUAUAAGUUUUCAGCAGAACUUUUGAGGAUGGAGAAGAACCCUCUCUUCUUGUAAAACUAAAUUUUAAGAAAUAUUAAUUUUUCCUUCUAAUAA